AUGAAGCAGACCCUUCCUCUGCUGCUGCUUGCCACGGCUUGUGCGGUCACCGGCACUCGGCUGCCCAAAGCCUUGUGGCAGUUUGCGAACAUGAUCACGUGUGCCCAGCCAGGCGUUAGCCCUCUGAAGUACAACGAUUAUGGCUGUUGGUGCGGCUUCGGGGGCACGGGAAGCCCACGGGAUGAGGUGGACAUGUGCUGCUACGUCCAUGACAAUUGCUACAAAAGAAGCAGAAAGAUUCCUGGAUGCACGGCCAUCGCUGAUCUUCCAUAUUUUCUGGUUUAUGAAUUCACCUGCUCAGAUAACCAAGUCACCUGCUCAGCCACGAAUAACAAGUGCCAGGCCGCUGUGUGUGACUGUGAUCGUGUGGCAGCUCACUGCUUCGAGCGGGCCAAGUUCAACCCUGAAAACAAGAACCUGGAUCCUAAAGUCCACUGUGUCAACUGA